AUGGAGGUUUGUGGCGAGGAGAAUGGUCAGGAGGCUGCUGAACUGGGAGAACUCACUCCGGAAGGUGAGCAGUACAAAUGCGAUGUGAGUGGCUGUGAAUAUAUCACUCGAAGUGGAGCGGACUUGGGAAAACAUAAGAGCACAACGCAUAUUGCUGCGAACAAGAAGGGCCGUCGUCUGACUGAGUGCCCAAUUUGUCAGCUGAGGCUUACCAAUCAGGAAGAUCUUGUCAAUCAUUGCCGACUACAUCAUGAUGAUGAAGCCUGCGUUGUCGAGGAGCGAUCAUUCGACAACGAUAUGGAAUUCGAAGCGUGGAAAGAGGCUACCGAGAAAAAAUUCCUUACGUUCUGGCAUCUUUCGGGGAGAAAGCAAAAAGGAAGGGACGAUGUUGUGUAUUACAAAUGCAGCAGGUCAGGUUUACGCCGUCUACGUGGCAAGGGUAAAGUCGCCCCCCACACCAAAGUAGUCACGCCUUUUUGCACUUCGUUUUUGCAGAAAUAUAUUGCUAGAAGCGGUGGAAUUCUUGUAAAGUUCUGCACGAAGCAUAUUGGUCAUGAUCUUGAUGCAGUUUCGUUACCACUCUCCAAAUCCGACAAAAAUUUGAUCGCACAAUAUCUGGAACAGGGACUCCCUUCGAAGACUAUCCGGAAAAGAAUUCGCGAGAAGUAUACGGAUCCUAGUGUUAAACUUCAUUGGAUUUCUUCAAGUGAUAUCAAAAACGUCAUGGCAAGUAUAAACUUACAACGGCGCAAGCUGAAAAACAUGGGCGUUUCUACUGCCGAAGCUGGAUCCAGUGUUAAUGGAGUGCAACAGUCGAAUACUGAAUACAAUUUCGAUGACUCAUCAAUUUCCGCUGCAUCACUUCUGGUGGGAUCUUCAAUGUCUAUUGAUUAUGAUGAAGAAGGUGGUGAUGAAGGAAGUGUUCGCGGUGAUGCCCAGAACAGAGUCUUAGCUUUGAAAGCGCCAAUCUUUGCCGGGACACUGCUCAACUGUUCAUCCUCUGUGGAGUUGAGUGAAAAGAUUUCUCAGCUUGAUUCUACCGCAGGAAAUAUCAAUGGAAGGUUGUUGGACUUGGAAGAUUCGAAGCUGUUCCAUAAUGCGAUCAAAGAGGAAGAAAAAGAAUUUUAA